AAUGGCCGGGAACGGCAAAUACAAGCCUGACUUUGUGGACAUUAAUUAAUCGCUCGGAUAAAGACAGUAAUGGAUCGCAAUUAGAGGUGAAACACAACGACAAUCAUAAGUAUUAUGAUCUAUGGCAUGGAAUUGAGCUAGUUCCUGUGAUUGGUAAUGGGACGGCAAUCCUAAAGUUUGCGAUCGAGAAACAUGGUUUUGGUGCCAUUUUGAGUGGUAUUGAAAGUGAUUUACCCGAAAAUUUUGAGCAAUUUAUGGCAACAAUGAAACAAUACUCUGAACGCACACUCGAGUCGUAUUCCGCAGCAAAUAUCGUCGCAAAGCAAACAAUGGUUACGAUUGAAGCGUCUAAACAAUAUACAAGUACUCCGCCAGAUGCUGCAAAUUAUACAUUUGUUGUGAGUGGUAAUGAGAUUGAGGGCGAGAAUGAGCAAGGUGAUGACGUACAGUAUCCGUGGGAAGGGGAACCAACGCGACACCAUAAACACGUGAUUGACAUCAAGAAAUUUUAUCUGGAUAAAACGCCAGUUACCAACGAGCAAUACAAUCAAUUUAUGAGUCAUACCAAAUACUCGCCGGUUGACAAUCACAAUUUUGUGCGCGACUGGCACCAGGGUCACUAUCCCGAUGGGUGGGCACACAAACCGGUCACCUGGUCACGUCCCGUAACCGGUGGCGGCACACGACUGGCGUCGAAAGUGUCGCCCCAGGGAUACUUGCGUUGGUCGUGA